AGUCUGCGAUGAAUCAAACGCUGCAUUUAGCCACUUAUUUGGCCUAAAAUGCAUUUAUUUUGAGAAAGAGUAGUUAUGCUUAGUUUAAAAAAAUAUAUAUAAUUAGUUUAAAUUGAGCAUUAGAGUAAAAGCGAUGCAGAGAGUGGCUGUGUUUGCUUGAAAGUUGACGGUGGUGUAACGACGAUUGUUGUUGACUGGACUGGCUCGUUCUGCUGGUUGUUCCAGUCAUGCCUAACUGUCCAGUGCUUUUCCCUGCGCUGAUCAGCUGCUGCUGAGCUGGCCUGACCCCGACCCCGACCCUCGUCUCUGCCCUGGAUAUGAGCUCACCCUUCUGUCCUGGACCCCGAGCUCGGCCUUCUCCCCCCUGGUCCCCUCUGGUCCCCACCAGCUCGCUCUGCAGCUCCUCAGCUCAGCCCCGGCCCUGCCAGCCCCGGCCCUGCCAGCCCCGGCCCUGCCAGCCCCGGCCCUGCCAGCCCCGGCCCUGCCAGCCAGAUGCCGUCCUACAGCUUUCUGGAUAAUGUGGAGCUGCACGUUCAGACGGGGAAGUUUCCUGUAAAUGCGUCCAAGAGCUUAAGGAAGGUUAUCAGAACGGCCAGCAAGAGCUUCAUCUACAAAGAUGGCUGUCUGCUGCGAUCCUACCGGGGUCGCCUCCUCCACGUGGUCAGGAGCGAGGAAGAAGCUCGGGAGAUCCUGGCCCGUUACCACGACAACAACCACCACGCCGGCCGGGUGCGGGCGGUGAAGGAGAUCAUGCGGAUGUACUACUGGGUGGGAGUGACGGAGUCAGUGAGGAAGUGGAUCCUGGCCUGUUCCGUCUGCCAGAGCCGACUCCUGCCGCCCAACCACGAGCCCCCGGUCCAGUUCUGCCUGGUGUACGGCUGCGACGCCUCCAGCUACGCCAACCCUGAGCUCAGCUUCCACCGGUUCCCCAAAGCCGUGGAGCUGCGUCAGAAGUGGCUGGCCGUGGCCCAGAGGGACGAGGGCUCGCUGCGAACACACUCCCACAUCUGCUCGCGCCACUUCCACACGUCCAGCUUCACGCUGGGAGAGGACGGCCAGCAGACGCUGUCGCCCGUUGCCGUGCCGACGUUCAUGCCCGUGGCGGUGCCGGGGAAUGAGGUGCCCGUCCCCUCAGAAGACCACUUCCUUUACCCCAACGCCCUGGAGGACGCCCUGUCCAGCGCCAUGGCUGCUGCGCAAGCCGCGGACCCCGGGGGUCCGGCUGAAGGGGCCGCCAGGGCCCACGAGCACCAGUACUGCCUCCAGGCGCCCGCCCCGGACUUCAGGGCUGCCAAGACGGUGACGGAGGACCAGAGGAAAACCGUUGUGGAGUCCUGCUUCAUCACAUACAACCACAUUGCAAGGUACCUGAGCACCAGGGUGCUCCCCAUGCAAGGCAAGAAAAGGAGAGCUGCUCUGAAGAGGAUGGCCAAGCGCUUCGACCUCAUAGACGGAGUGCUGAUGUACACACGGGUGUCUCCUCCCCUCAGGGUGCCGCGCAGCAGAGAGGAGGUCAACUCCAUCCUGCAGCAGUUCCACGACAACCAGGGCCACUACGGCCAGGGCCUGUGCCAGCCGGCCAUCUCCAAGCACUUCUACUGGGCCACCCUGACCCGGGACCUGUCGGGCUGGAUCUCCAGCUGCCACACCUGCCUCAGCAGGACCAAGAGGAAGUGGCUGCGCUGCAGUGUCUACCAGUGCAGCAACUGCUGCGGCCCGGUGGAGCGGGGGCUGGGCCUCACCUUCCACAAGUUUCCUCUCCACAACCAGGCGGUGCUGACCCGGUGGGUCCGGGCGGUGGGCCGCUCCAACUGGCACCCCCGGCUCUGGUCCUCCAUCUGCUCCGCCCACUUCAGCGAGGACUGCUUCCUCCGCGGCGGCCAGGAGGUGGCGCUGCGCCCGGAGGCCGUGCCCACACUCAAGGUCCACGACUCAGCGACGCCCUCCAGGGGUCCGGCCCGGGGGCCAGCAGGGGACGAGGCCUUCUUCGCCAAGUACGACGCGGUGGAGCGGUACCUGAACCGGCGGCUCUACCCCGCCGGCCUGAGCUACGUGGAGAAGAACACCUUCAGGAGGUUCUGCAAGAAGUUUGUCAUGAAAGACUCGGCCCUCCACAUGGCGCGGGGGGAGCAGGUGCGGCUGGUGCUGCGGAACCAGCAGCAGGUGGAGGCGGCGCUGCUGGAAUACCACAACGAGCUGAACCACCUGGACGCCAACAAGUGUCUCCGGCUGCUCAGCGAAAGGUACUUCUGGAAGAGCAUGCGGCCUGACGUGGUGCAGUGGAUCAACAACUGUCCUCUGUGCAACCUGAAGAGACUGAAGCCAGCAGACGCUGGAGCAGAGAGAGCCGAGGAGCUGCUGCCGGGGGCCACGCCUCCUCACCGCGCUGACAGUGAGACGGACGAGGACACGGAUGGAUAUGAAGACGAAGGGCCCGGUGGGGGAGGUGAAGCUGGCACCGACGGACGGCAGACGGACCAAUCAGCAAACACGCUAAUACCGUCUCCAGGUCUCCUCCAGACGAGGCCCCCCCUGGGCCCCCGGCCCGGUGGGGGUUCUGGGGUCCACCGGCCCGGUGGGGGUGCUGGGGUCCACCGGGGCGACCAGAGCCACCCGCCCCGGCUGAAGGAGAACCAGGAAGAAGCCAGAGACCCUGAAAGCAGCAGCGUCCAGAUGCAGGACUGCCCCCGGCUCCAGGAGGCCCCGCCCCGGGCAGGGCAGCCCCCAGAGCCCGGGCCCCGGCCCCGGGCCCGGCGCUGCCUGAAGAGGGCCCUGCCUCCAGCCAGGGGACAGGACAGCUGUGGUCUGGAGCCCGUGGUGGCCCCCAGCACCAAGCCCUGGCCCGUCUUCACCAUCGCCAACGCUGCCCCGCCCACGGCAGCCCCGCCGCCCCAGCAGGUGGACAGCAGCCCCCCCCAGGUCCGGAGAGCCAGGACCCCCCGGGCCCGGACUGUCGUCCAGCAGUGCAGCCAGGCCAAGGUCAAGGUCCGACCGGCGCUGGACGGGGCUGGAGCUCAGUGGGUGGAGAUCCAGGAGGGGAUGGUCGUGUACGUCUGCUUCUUCCACGGCGCCACCGAGGACGUCGUGCACGACAUGGCCAGCGGCCUGCUGAGCACCAAGAUGUUCCGGAAGGACACGGGUCACUGGGUGUCCCUGCUGGACCUGCCGGGCAGCGUGCUGCUGGUGCCCCAGGACUCUCUGCUGGGGGAGCCCCUGCCCCCGCCCAGCCGCAGGGUGGGGUACCGGGGGGGCUGCGAGGCCUGGUGGGGGGCCCAGCUCUUCUCCAGCCUGGUGUCGGCCUGCGGCCGGCUGCUGGCCGGCUCCGCCAAGUGCAGCCGGGCGGGGGUCCGGGUGGAGCACGGCCUGUACGGCCAGAAGCAGGAGCUGGUGCUCAGCUCCCCGGAGCCGCUGUCCAUGGUGCUGGAGUUCUGAGGCCCGUCUGGACCUGGGGCGGGGGGGGGGGGUACCUGGGACUGGAGACUGUCGCCACUUUUUAAAAAUCAAACAACCUUGGUGAUUAAAGAAACUGCGUUGCAGAUACGACGGUGGGGUUCGUCUGUCUGCAGGAUUGCCAGCGUCAAACAGAGAACAGAGUUGCUCUUUGAUACAUUUAUAGCAGCAGUUACCAAAUAAAGAGUUCUGUUGGACCCGGCGGAUGGUUUCUCUUUUCUAGGGGGAAGACACAUGGAGGACCAAAAUGUACGGUGGCCGACAAGGGCCAAACGCACUGCAACGGCCUAAUGCGUCUCAGUUCAGGAAAACGGCUUCAAGUACAGAAACCAUUCAAAUUCACAAACUCAAAACGAGGUACGAGGA